AUGGAUAUGGAUGAAGAAUACGGGCAGGAUACACCUACUCCCAUGCCGAGGGGGGGUGAAAUGGGAUCUCAAACUGGAGGUCAAAUGAAUGAAAACGCCAUGAUUCGAAUGAUGAUGAAUUAUAUGGAGAAACAGGACAAACGAAUGGAAAUGCUCAUACAAAAGCUAGAGAGCAACUCAAGCUCUCUGUCAACUACUCAGGACCCUAUUAGUGAGUAUCAAAAGAAUGCCAAAGCCAAGCUGGAAGGAAAGCAUGUAAUCAUUCUCAACAGAUUCAUCAACUACUUGAAAUGGAAGAGUUCAAUCCUUGCAGAUGCUCAUCUUAUUCAGGCAAAAGAUGUUCUUAUCAAGGGAGAAACAAUUUUCCAAUCUUUGAACAUCACUGUACGCGAUUCUCUGGGACCAUUGAAUGAAGAUGCCUAUCUUGCUGUCACUAUAUGGAAGAAUCUUGCUCGACACUAUACUAUAUCUCGCGCAGAAGAACGCCUUCUAACCACUAAAAAGAUGAGAGAUUUACAUCUCAAGAACAGCGAUUUCCACACCUAUCUUGCGAAUUUCCGAGACCUUAAGACAAAGCUGGAAUUCAUUAGAAUGAAGCUGGAUGAAUUCUAUGCUACUAAACAGAGCCCUAUUCAGAAUCUGAAUCUUGAUGAUUUGAUGAAUCAACUGGCCAUGCGAGUCACCAUCAACAUGCCUGCUACUAUCACUCAUCCUUUCACUGCGAGCCCUGUCACUGAACAAUUUGAUAAACACCAGUGCCACUACUGCAACAAUACUGGUCAUAUCAUCAAAUACUGCUGA